AUGCCAGGCAAGAGUUGUCGUCGUGCAGACAGGCCGCGGGAAGCAGUGGCCGAAGCCGAACGAGUCGAGAACCUAUUGGCUGAAGCUUCUAGGGAUCGACUUAUUCACCCGUCUCAGGUGUCUCAACCGGUGACCGAACCAAUGGAACAAAGGCCUCAGGACAACAUGGCGAAUGGUAUUUUCUGCUAUAACUGUGGCGGUCGAGGACACACUAUUCCUGAAUGCCCGUCAAGGAGGCGACAACGUCAGCAAACAGAAACAACACCUUUACAACCUGGAACCGAAACUAAAGCUCUAUCCCAGUCUCAACAAAAGUGGAGUCCCACUCAUAUAGAACUUUUUGCAAUGGUAAGCGCUCUUCGCUUCUUCAAAGCCACUAUCUAUGGUCAUUUGACCCGUAUUUUCUCUGACCACCGCCCACUGACGUAUCUUCUCAAACACAAUAAGACCCAUGAUAAUUUAGCGCGAUGGGUAGUCGAGCUCCAAAGUUAUAACAUAACCAUAGAAUAUUUGAAGGGAUCAUCAAAUGUUGUGGCCGAUUGCCUUUCACGAUCAGUCAACCCUCAGACUCAGUUUCAGGAUAACACCCCAGAGUCUGAAGACAUAGUAGAAUUUCCUAUGUGUCUAGCGGUACAAGGUUAUCGUUUGCGUUCUCUCCAACCAACCAAUUCCUCCCUUGUUACUCCAAUUGCGAUUAAGCCCUAUGAUGCCUUACUAGAGCAGAAGCGCGACCCAGUUUGCAGCCCUAUCAUGUCGUUCCUGGAAACAGGACAAUUUCCCGAUAAUGCCUCGGAAACAGAUAAGGCCCAAUGGCUUCGCUUAGCUGAAGAUUGCCACCUACGCGCAAAUGGUUGUUUGUACCAUCUUACCAAGUCCCCCCAUCGCCCCGACGCUAUUAUAGAACAACUCUUCUUACCGGAAAAACUCCGUGAACCAGUCUUUCAUGCAAUGCACACCAGCGCUACAGCUGGCGGACAUUUUAAUUGGCGCAAAACUUUAGCGAAAAUCGCGCGAAAAUACUUUUGGCCACAUAUGUCCGAGCAGAUUUUCGCCCUCUCCAAGGCGUGUGAUUCCUGCCAACGCAAACGCGCCCAGGCAUUCAAUCGCGAGAAAUUACUCCCAGUAGUCACCACAACCGUAUUCGAUAAAGUUUACAUGGACCUUACCGGUCCUUUACACACUUCCGAAUCAGGUAAUAAGUACGUGCUGGCCCUGUUGGACCACUUCUCCAAGUAUGUUAUCACAGCACCCUUACCGGAUUGCAGCGCGGUCACAGUAGCUCACGCCAUUAUGACUGAAUGUAUACUCAAAUUCGGUGUCAUGACACAGCUUAUUUCAGACAAUGCCUCCUACUUCAAAGGAGAGCUCAUAUCCGAGAUUGGACGCUUGCUACGCAUUGGACGAUAUUUCACUACCCCGUAUCACCACGAAGGCAAUGGAGCUUGAUUACCCGGCGAGGCUAUGGAAGGCGACUCGACAGUUACUCCUACACCAGCUGCAGGCAUGGAACAACUGACCGCGCCUACUCAUGUGCCACUCACCUCCGAGCCGAGAGAAAUGGAAGCAUUGAUGUCCACUUCUUCCACCAGUGCCGACUGUGAAUCUUCCUCAACCUCUGAUCUUGGGGUCCCCGCACGCGAGGAGCAUGACAGCGAAUGGCUUUGGCUUGAAGAUCGUCUUGACCAGUUUGAUAGCUACAUUCGUGAUCCUCGCGCAGCCAAGAAACGCAUGGCUCAUCUCUUUAGAGUCGCUUGUUCAGCACUCGCUGCCGCCGAAUCGUCCAGCAAUACUGCAAACAUCAAAAAUAGAAUAUAUUGGUUCGUUAACGAGCUAGUAAACAUGUCACCAUCUAUAUUUUCUACCAUAUACAUAUUAUUGCAAGCUGUAAUACAUGCCACAGCAUCAGAAGAGAUAAUAGCCUUCGUAUCCGAAGAGGACGAUGGUGAAGGUCUGACCAUUUACCAGCAUUUAAGCUUAUCUCAAAUGUACCACUCCCAUACACUCAAUAUGCCCAGUAUAAACAUGAAGCAUAUUAUCGCUACGAAUGUAACAUCUUCAGAUGAGCUCUGCGGUUCAAUCACCGAUGUCAGUCUCCUGAUAAAUGCUUGUAAAACUGAGGAAGGUCAGCGACUAGUUAUGGAAUUAUCAGAGCAGUCUGGUAUCCCCACGAUAAACAUCAUUCGAAACGCUUGGGAUUUACCUCACGAAAAUAUUACUGGCUGUGUGAUAAAGACCAUUGCAGACAAAGUUUCUAAAAACCAGAUAUUUUUGUUACCUACGGAGACUGUAUAUAACAAUGUUAUUCUGGAUAUUCUGCCUAAUCUCAAUCUAUCAACUAAUACGAGCGUCUUCUUUCAUUCUUCGCACGGAAACGUGGAAAAUAUACAGAAACUCCUUGGCAUGUUGCCCGUAUUCGUGGACUUCAUUCAAAUCCAGAGCGGUGCAGAUGAAUUUCGAAGGCAACUCAAGGAUGUUACUGAUGUUACUGCAUUUGAACGAGUCAUAAUUAUUGCUAAAACAUCCAUUGCUGUAAUGGUUGUGAAAGAGCUUAGUCGCAUAGCGAAACAUCCUUUGAAACUGAUCGUGUUGACAAAGGAUAUUAGGCCUUUUGAAUGUAAGGAAUGCUCUUCUAUGGACCUUUUUUGGAUCAGACCAUAUGCUACUGGGAAUUCAAACAUGCGCGACCUCAGGGACUUCCUCAUUAGUUCUCGAGCUAGUUUGAUGCUGAAUGGAUCCUUCGAAAGCUGGCAGGAGGUUGAUGUUGCGUUUUACUUCAACGUCAUGCAUUUUGUUUUUCAAAUACUCAUGCAUAAUCACGAUUGGUCUACUUACAACUGCUCUUCUCUACCUACAACUCCGUUUGCUUUUGAAGACAACAUGUUUGAGUUUCUCCGUCUAUCGCCGGAGUAUGGAGUCUUCAGGCAAAACGGUGCUUCGACUUAUUAUCCGGAAGCAGCUUUGAACGAAAGUUUAGCUGGUAUAGGUCGUAUUAAAAUCAAAGCUCGUAAUUAA